CGCAGCUAGCGCUGAGAGCGAUGGGCAUCUCUCGGGACAACUGGCACAAGUGCCGCAAGACCAGGGGCAAGAGAAAGCCCUACCACAAGAAGUGGAAGUAUGAGCUGGGACGCCCCACCGCCAACACUAAGAUUGAACCCCCCCCCAUACAAACAGUCCAGGUUCGAGGAGGCAAUAAGAAGUACCGUGCCUUGAGGCUGGACGUGGGGAAUUUCUCAUGGGGCUCUGAGUGUUGUACACACAGAAUAAGGAUUAUUGAUGUUGUCUGUAAUGCAUCCAAAAAUGAACUGGCCUGCACCAAGUCCCUGGUGAAGAACUGCAUCAUGCUCAUUGACAGCACACUAUACUGGCAGUGGUACGAGUCUCACUAUGCACUGCCCCUGGGCCGCAAGAAGGGGGCCAAGCUGACUCCCGAGGAGGAAGAGAUUUUAACCAAAAAACAAUCAAAGAAAAUUCAGAAGAAAUAUGAUGAAAGGAAAAAGAAUGCCAAAAUCAGCAGUCUUCUGGAGGAGCAGUUCCAGCAGGGAAAGCUGUGUGCAUGCAUUGCUUCAAGACCAGGCUAAUGUGGUCGAGCAGAUGGCUAUGUGCUGGAGGGCGAGGA